UUGCAGCGGUGUAUCGUGUUUUGGCCUGUCAAAACCGUGUGACUUUUCACUGCAACGACGAGACCGGAAUAACAGGGAUGCACAUGACUAAAAAGACCAGGAACACAAUGAAGCCACCAUCACAGUCAUCUCCUGUAAGCAGCUUAGUAUUUGAAGGCGUCUAUAACAAUGCCAGAAUGCUUCAUUUCCUCACAGCGGUCGUGGGCUCCACCUGUGAUGUGAGAGUAAAAAACGGCGCAGCGUAUGAGGGAAUCUUCAAGACUUUAAGCUCACAGUGCGAGCUGGCGGUGGAUGCUGUCCACAGACAGAGCGAUGGAGGAGGAGGAGGCGAGGAAGGAGGAGGAGGAGGAAGCCAGUCCUCUACACCCAAGAUUGAAGAUAUCACUGACACCAUGAUCUUCAGCCCCAGCGACCUGGUGACCAUGACCUGCCGCGAUGUCGACCUAAAUUUUGCUGUCAGAGACACAUUCACAGACACGGCCAUCACCUCAUCCAGGGUGAAUGGGGAGCACCGGGAGAAGGUCCUGCAGAGGUGGGACGGAAAUGGAAACGGAGAAAACUUUGAGCUGGAGGCAGACACAUCAAAUGGCUGGGACGCCAACGAGAUGUUCAAGUUUAAUGAGGAGACGUACGGAGUCAAAUCUACCUAUGACUCCAGCCUCUCCAUGUACACCAUGCCUUUGGAGAAGGGAAACUCAGAGGUGUUCAGACAGCGGGAAGCACGAGCCACCCGGUUAGCCAGCGAGAUCGAGGGCAGCCUGCAGUACCGUAGGCGGGUUUCUUUGGAGAAUGAAGAGGGCCGGAGCGAGGAGGACAAAUACAGCUCAGUGGUCCGAGACAGGGAGGACCGGACGAGCCCGGGGUUCACCUCCGCUGGCAGGGAAGGUAAAUACAUACCUCUCCCGCAGCGGGCUCGAGAGAUCGGCCUGUCAGGCAGGACUGGCGCCUCUGGUCGAAACGCUGCACCUAACUCCUCCAGACACCCGCCGCCCGGCUCGUCUUCCCCCAAACCGCCCCCUGAAAGGAACAACCCGCUGUCCAUUAGAACAGCUUAUUCUCCUCACCAAUCGCAGAGCAGCCCACCAGCAGCCAGCAGCCCUCCCUGCACCAAUCACGUCCUCCCGCACUCCCUUUCUCACCCCCAGGCGCUGGCUGACUCAACCCGCUCAUCUGUAAACGGAGUCACAUCCAGAACUUCCCCCAAAUCCCAGAGACUUCAGAGCAGCAGAAACCUGCGGACCCCAAACUCCCAGCCUUCACCUGCAGUCUCUCGUGCCCUCAAACCAGACACACCUCCCCAGGACCUCCCCCUGGUUGGCCCCGCCUUCUUGGACUCCUCCUUUUCCUCCGUCACCACGCCAACCACCACCACCAAACCCUCUGGCCCCACCCCGCUCUUUCCUGUCGAUGUGAAUGAGAUCCUCAGCACAGCAGCUAAAGAGCGAACUGAAGGUCUGUCUGAAGGAAAGACCAGCAAAGCUCCUUCGGUCCAGCAGAGAUCUCAGCUGGAGGAGCUCCGCAAGUUCGGCAAAGAGUUCAGGCUGCAGCCCACCUCGUCUCCAUCAGCAAGCCCGGCCUCUGCAGAUCCUCCUCAGCACGGCUCCGCCUCCCCCACCGACUCGUCUUCCUCCUCCCCUGCGCCGUCUAAACCUCUCACCUCCUCUGCCCAAGAUCUGCAGCAGACAGCAGAGGCAGCUGCUCCCACCACCACCCCCACUGCCCCCACCACUUCUACCAGCCCCCAGGCUUCAGGGCCAGAGGAGCCGCUACCAGGAGCGACCCAGUCAGCCCCUGGCAGUGAGGAGGGCGGUCCAGAGAGCAGUGAACGACCAGAAGCUGUGACUGCAGCUGCAGCGCAAGUGAAAAACUCAACAUUGAAUCCAAAUGCAAAAGAAUUUCUACCCAUCAAAGUAAAUGCAGUCCAGAAGCCAGCGCCAACCCCUACCCCUCCUCGACCAACACCCCCGAGCCCCUCUUUGGUUCUGCCUCCUCCAGGACAGCCAGGAGGAGGUGCCAUCUACAGCAACCCACCUGGACACUACCUGUCCUAUGUCUCCCCCCUCCACAUCCAAGGACACCAGAUCCAGGCUCCUCAGAUGUAUCAGUACACCAUGUCAAGUGUCAACCAGGGCAAAUACCCCAGAGCCAAAGGCCCCGUGGUGGGACAACGUCCGGAGCACCACGCCUCCCCGGCCUCCCCCAUGAUCUCAGCUGCCGCCUCGGCAGCAGGACCGCCGCUGGUAGCAUCGCCUUACCCCCAGUCAUACCUGCAGUAUGGACAGGUGCUUCAGGCCCUGCCCCCACACUACCACGGACAGCCAGUUUACUCGAUGCUGCAGGGGGGUGCAAGGAUGCUGACGUCUGGGGCCCCUCCUCAGCAGAUGGGUCCUCCUGGUCCCCAGUACCCUGGCCAGAGUGAUGGCCCGCCGGGGCCACAACAGGGCAUGUAUGCUCAGUCAUUCUCUCACCAUUCGGGCUCCAUCCAUCAUCCUCAGCCCUCCAGCACUCCCACUGGGAAUCAACCCCCUCCCCAGCACACAGCUCCCAGUCCAGGACACACUCAGUCGAGUCAGGCUGCUCCUCAGCCUCAAUCCAUGUUCCACUCAGGAGGUUUAUCAGCCCCCACCCCUCCUAACCUGCCGCCGGGCCACAGCUCCCCGCAGGCCUCCUACACCAUGCAGGGUUACAGCCUCCCCACCCACCAGCCUCUGCCCCACGGCUUCCCCUCCAUCAGCCAACUCACUCAGGCUCAUGUCACAGGAGGCAUGUCAGGCCCUCAUCACUCUGCAGGUCAUGGCCUGCCGCCCGUAAUGCUGCACUACGUCUCCCCUCAGCAGGGCGGCAACUCCAACCCCCAACACGGCCCCCAGCAGGGAGCACCACAACAUUUUUACAUUGGACACCCACAAGCUGUUCAGGUUCAGGCUCACCCCACCCAGCAGAUGUCCUUCCACCCCUCUGCUAACUGAACCCGGUCAGUAACAAUUGGAUUCAAGAGCGAGGAAGACGAGCAUUACUGUGUGACGAAAAGCCCCUGAAUUUCCCCAAACAACUUGUAACAUUCCCCCCCUCCCACUAUAAAUUAACACGUCCUUAUUUUUACCCUCAUCUUUUAGACAGAGAGACGUGUCUGGAUUUUUAAAUGUAAAUACAGACUGUGUUCACACAGUGGGAGUGAAGACAAUAAAUGGUGGAAAGUUUUAGACCGACGACAGUGGAAACAGUUUUUCUCCCCGGCUCAUCUCCUCUGUCCUUUUACAGACUAAUCCUGUUCAUUCAUAAUAAAACUACUGAAU